ACCGGAACGGUGUUGUCUGAUCUUUGUAGCUUGACGGAAGUGCUCAGCGGGACGUCGGAGGAGAAGAAACAGAGUGGGCCGAGCUGUUGUAACUUUGUGCUUCUUCGGUCCUUUUUCUGUCAUUUGUUUUUUUCCCUUUUGACCGUUUUUCCCAGUCGCGGCUGUUCGCUUCGUCUUAAACCGAGUAAAGUUCGCGCUGACGGACCAAAAGAAAAAUGGAGAUAGAGAAGGAAGUAAAGAAGAUGACCCUUGGGCACGAGUUUGGAGCCGGAGCGGCCUGUUUGAAAUGCAAGGACAAGUGCGAGGGCUUUGAGCUUCACUUCUGGAGAAAGAUCUGCCGAAACUGCAAAUGUGGCCUCACGGAGCACAACGUGCAGAUGAACUCGGAGGAGAACAAGAAGGUGGGCAAGCUGUUCGAGGACACCAAGUACACCGGCCUCAUCGCCAAGCUGAAGACGGACGGCAUCCCCAGCUACAACGGCACCAUGGUGACCAUCACUCUGCCCAGCUCCAGCACCGCCUACGCGGUGCCGCCGAGUGCCUCCUCCGCCGAGGGGCUUCCGGCGUGCGCCGCGGGGUCGGCUGCGCCCACUGCAGCGGCCGUGGGCUCGGCACCCGGCGGCACUCAGCCUUGGGCUCAGGCUCUCCCUGGGGGUCACCCUCAGGGUCACCCUCAGGCUCAUCCUCAGGGUCAUCAGGUGCCACCCGGCAUCGCGCCUGUCAAGGCUAACAAAGUGCCGGUAGCUGUCGGUGCCACGUCGGCCAAUUUGGUGCCAGUCACCAAAGACGUACCUAUGAAGAGUGUCACCUAUGAGUGGGCGCCACCGGUAGCCAAUAAGUAUCUGGCGGUGCGUUACAUCGAGCUACUCCCCGUCGAGAAGCGCCCGGUGGCCGGUACGGAGGGAGCCGCUUACCGCCGGCAGCAGAUGGCCCGCCAGCUGCCUGAGCACGACCAGGACCCAUCCAAGUGCCACGAGCUAAGCCCUGCCGAGGUCAAGCAGAUGCAGCAGUUUGUCCGCAAGUACAAGGACGAGGCCCUUGGAGUCGCAGACGUCAUGCUGCCCGAGGAGAUGGCACUGGCUCAGGCUGGAGGGCAGGGAGGAGCUGGCGUCGGGGCCGGAGGAGCAGGCUACGAACCGGGUGCCGGGGUCGCUGUAGCUAGAGCAGGCGCCGGUUCCGGCCCGGGGGCUGCAGGCGCCGGUUCCGGCCCGGGGGCUGCAGGCGCCGGUUCCGGCCCGGGGGCUGCAGGCGCCGGUUCCGGCCCGGGGGCUGCAGGCGCCGGUGGUGCUGCCUUUGGAGCUGCACCCUUCUCAGGAGGAGUCCCGGGUGCCACUGGAGGAGCCGUGGGUACCGCUGCCACUGGAGGAGGCACUGGCGCCGCUCCCACUGGAGGAGCCAUGGGUACGACUGCCACUGCUGGAGCCAUGGGCGUCCCUGGAGCUCAGCAAGCUGGACUACCACAACGGACCUUUUCGUGCCAUCACUGCCAGCUGCCGAUGCGUCUGGGCGAGCCGGCCGUCUACGCCGAGCGGGCCGGCUACGACAAGAUGUGGCACCCGGCCUGCUUCGUGUGCUGCACCUGCCAGGAGCUGCUGGUGGACAUGAUCUACUUCUGGAAGAAGGGAAAGCUCUUCUGUGGACGCCAUUACGGAGACAGCGAGAAGCCGCGCUGCGGGGGCUGCGACGAGCUGAUCUUCAGUAAUGAGUACACUCAGGCCGAGGGCCAGAACUGGCACCUGAAGCACUUCUGCUGCUUCGAGUGUGACUGCAUCCUCGCCGGAGAGACGUACGUGAUGGAGAGCGACAAGCCCGUCUGCCAGCCGUGCUACAUGAAGAGCUACGCCGUGAAAUGCGCCGCCUGCCAGAACCCGGUGGAGCCUGAGGCCCAGAGGGUUUCCUACGGCGAGCACCACUGGCACGCCGAGCCGCAGUGCUUCAAGUGCUCCGGCUGCUCCAAGUGCCUGGUGGAGCGCUUCAUGGCGGCGCAGGGCUUCCUGUUCUGCUCCGUGGAGUGCAAGAAGAAGGUCGCGGCGUGAGAGGGACACAGGCCGACUUUACCCGCCGCCACUUGAGAAACCAACGGGAAAACCCCCUAAACACCCUGGGCGAGGGGAGGGAUUGGUCCUGGGGGCGUGGACAUCAAAGUGCCUGACGCGUCUAAUACAGAAACGUUUA